CCACUACAAGAAGUCACAUGUCUACGCCGUUACUAGUUUUCAUAGUAAUUUCGACUUCCUGCUUCCGAUUGGUUACAGUGGUUUAUCGGAGAAUUAGAGAGCGAAGGUGAAUCCCACGUGAAUAAUUAAGCUGGCAAAAAACUGGUUUCUACACAUCAUUUAAAUUAGUGAUGACGAUAUUCAGUCAACGUUUAUUAGAUGCAGUAWUAGCUGAAAAAAUAAAUCCGAUUUAUGUGGAUGACGAGCAAGUGCAUCACCACAACAACAAUGAGACGUGGAAGAACAAAAGUGGUAGUUCCGGGUACGACAGCCAACCGCCCUCGGACCACUCGAGCUUGGACAAGGGUUCACCGCCGGCCACGAAGAGUCUGAGGAACGGUACGUCACCACCGUCUUCGGACGAAUCGUUGGGCAGUCCGGUGCAAAGGAAGUCGGCGCCAUGGCUGCUGUCGCCCAUCAAAGAGGGUGUCAUCGACGUGCAUCAGUACUGCAUACCGCGGCCGGUGUGGCCGGGACAUGCCGAUAGUGGCGUACUCAGAUACGCCGCGGAAUCGGACCGCAUACCACGGGUCAAGAGCUGCAGGCACUGCGCCCGAUGCCGGUGCCGUAGUAAUAGCACCAGCAGUAGCAGCACCAGUAGCACCAACAGCGGCCGUAAGCCUGCGGGUGGUAUUGGUAGCGGUGGUGACAGCUUUUCCGGGUACUCGUCCGCGUUUGGCGGCGGCACCAUCAGCACCGGCAGCACGAGCACCACCUCCAGUGGCGGUGGCGUCGCGGGAUUGUGUUCAGACGACAUCAACCCGUCGCCGGCCGGCAACUGUUCGGUCGUUUACAAUCAAUCGCCAUUGGCGUUGGACCCUCGUUUCGGCGACGGCGUUGGCGUCAACAAGGCUCUGGUAGACAAAUGGAAUUCCGUCGACCUGAGACUCAACCAAAAGACUGAUAACCUACACUACGAUUGCGGCGCCAUGUUACGUGGAUUGCAAUUUACGUUGGACACGCAGCAAGCCGAAAAGCUGAUGCAGAAGAUCAAAGUGGGGAAGAAGCAAAGGUGUUGGUGUCGCUUCGUCACGGCGUGCGUAGGCCUGAUCAUGUUCCUCGUGUCCGUGGUCACCGUAAGCCUCACGCUUACCAGGGGACAAAAAAUGUUCGGCUCUCUCUGACGAUAUCGCAUUCAAACUCUCGUCUCUCAUAAUAAAGUAAUAACAAUAAUAAUAUUACUUAUAAUACACAUAUUUAUUAUUAUUAUUGUUAUUGCAUCUUAAAAUUUAAAAUUAUAACUAUUUAUCAAUACCUACAUUAUCAUUGUUAAUACAUCCACAUAUUGUAUUUAUGUACUACAAUGUAGAUAAAAUCUACAGUACAACGUAUGUACGUACAUUAAAUCAAACAAUUGUAUUAACAUUAUGCCAUUCUACACAGUGGCGUGGCAAACUCAAAUAUUAUCAGAGGUAUGUACAUUUUUCGAUACCCACCCUACAACCUAUCCACCUAUACCAAGGCACACACAGCCAUCCAUCAACAGCUAUUCUUGAACACUGGGUUUUUAUCUCUCUCUCUUAAAAGUUAUCCUACGAAAAAACAUUUAUGGUGGUGGGGAGUGAUUGCCUCUUGCCAGUGGCGUAAUUUGGAAUUGGUUGUGGCGUGCUAUAUAAAUUUAUAUUAUCAUCUUAAUGGGGGCUAUCACCUCCCUUGACCAUUAAAUUUCGUAUAUCAUAGUAUUAUAUUAAUUUGUUAUUAUAAAUUAAAUGAGGUAAAUGAUAGUAUAAUAAUCGUUUCCAAAAUU